AAUAUCCGGCCCAUCUUAACUAGGGUUUAACUAUAAAAACCUCAUUUCUUGCCGGUGGCCGCUCUCUUCAGCCCUUGCACUCCUCUUCAUCAAUUCUCCGCCGCGAUCAUGGUGAAGUAUUCGAGAGAACCCAAUAACCCUACUAAGUCGUCAAAGGCCAUGGGUCGGGACUUGAGAGUCCACUUCAAGAAUACCCGGGAAACUGCUUUCGCAAUCAGGAAGUUGGCUUUAACCAAGGCUAAAAGGUACCUUGAAGAUGUUAUUGCUCACAAACAAGCCAUCCCCUUUCGAAGGUAUUGUGGUGGUGUUGGUCGUACAGCUCAAGCUAAGAACCGCCACUCAAAUGGCCAAGGGCGCUGGCCAGUGAAAUCUGCUCGAUUCAUUCUUGACUUGCUUAAGAAUGCUGAGAGCAAUGCAGAUGUGAAAGGUCUAGAUGUGGAUGCUCUCUUUGUCUCCCACAUUCAGGUGAAUCAAGCCCAGAAACAGAGGCGUAGAACUUACCGAGCCCAUGGACGGAUUAAUCCUUACAUGUCAUCACCGUGUCACAUUGAACUGAUUUUGUCGGAGAAGGAAGAACCGGUUAAGAAGGAGCCUGAGACUCAGUUGGCUACCAGGAAACCAAAGAAAGACCAGGCAUUGCGCAGCGGUUCUUCUUCUUAAGUGAAAGAGCUUGUAUUUUCAAUCACUCCGUCGUAAGAGUUUUUUGGACUUAGUUUUGGGAUUCUUAGUUUCGGAGUUAAAAGUUGUACUUUGUGUUGUGAGGACAUAUUUCUAGUCAGAAUUAUUCUAUAUUUCUACCUUUGCACUUGGGAUAUAAACUACUGACAUGUAUUCACUUUGUUGGGAUAUUCGAUUACACUCUUAUCAGAAUCAACAAGAAGAGUUUCAUGCCCUA